CCCGCGUGGAGCGCGUGCGUGUGCCGAGAGCCGGGAGGAAGCGUCGGGCCGGCAGCCGGAUUACACAUCUCUUAUGAUUAAUGUGGAGAAAAGAAACUAGCCAUGGGCCAAAGUUCAAGAGACCUCCAUGGAAAAUGUUGCUGCUGAUGCUACUUUACAAAUUCACAUGAUGAGUGUCUAUUUUGAUGAUGAUUUUCGUAUUUAAACGAUUUUCAUCUUGGAAAUAUAUCAAGUGAAAGAAAUUUGUUCCUUUUGGAAACAAUUUCCUCAUAGUAAACGUUGUAAUAAACUUGUAAUGGGCGAUAUGGCCAACAACUCUGUUGCAUAUAGUGGUGUGAAAAACUCUCUGAAGGAAGCUAAUCAUGAUGGGGAUUUUGGAAUUACACUUGCUGAAUUGCGGGCUCUCAUGGAGCUCAGGUCCACAGAUGCAUUACGUAAAAUACAAGAAUGCUAUGGAGAUGUCUAUGGAAUUUGUGCAAAGUUGAAAACUUCUCCCAAUGAAGGUUUAAGCGGAAAUCCUGCAGAUAUAGAGAGGAGGGAAGCAGUGUUUGGGAAGAACUUUAUACCUCCUAAAAAGCCAAAAACAUUUCUUCAAUUAGUAUGGGAAGCAUUACAAGAUGUUACAUUAAUUAUAUUAGAAAUUGCAGCCAUAGUAUCAUUGGGCCUUUCUUUUUACCAGCCUCCAGAAGGGAAUAAUGCACUUUGUGGAGAAGUUUCUGUCGGGGAGGAAGAAGGUGAAGGUGAAACUGGCUGGAUUGAAGGAGCUGCCAUCCUUUUGUCAGUAGUGUGUGUUGUGUUAGUGACGGCUUUCAAUGACUGGAGUAAAGAGAAGCAGUUUCGAGGUCUGCAGAGUCGGAUUGAGCAAGAACAGAAGUUCACAGUCAUCAGAGGAGGACAGGUCAUUCAGAUCCCGGUAGCUGACAUUACCGUUGGGGAUAUUGCUCAAGUGAAAUACGGUGAUCUUCUUCCAGCUGAUGGUAUACUUAUUCAAGGAAAUGAUCUCAAAAUUGAUGAGAGCUCACUGACUGGAGAAUCUGAUCAUGUUAAGAAGACGCUGGAUAAAGAUCCCUUGCUUUUAUCAGGUACCCAUGUGAUGGAAGGCUCUGGAAGAAUGGUAGUUACUGCUGUGGGUGUGAACUCCCAAACUGGAAUUAUUUUUACCUUACUUGGGGCUGGAGGUGAAGAAGAAGAAAAGAAAGAUGAAAAGAAAAAAGAAAAGAAAAAUAAGAAACAAGAUGGAACUGUUGAGAACCGCAACAAAGCAAAGGCUCAGGAUGGUGCAGCCAUGGAAAUGCAGCCAUUGAAGAGUGAGGAAGGAGGAGAUGGGGAUGAAAAAGAUAAAAAGAAAGCAAACUUGCCAAAGAAAGAAAAGUCAGUUUUACAAGGGAAACUCACAAAAUUGGCAGUUCAGAUUGGAAAAGCAGGGCUAUUGAUGUCUGCAAUCACAGUUAUCAUCCUUGUGUUAUAUUUUGUAAUUGACACAUUCUGGGUUCAGAAACGACCGUGGCUUGCGGAAUGUACACCCAUUUAUAUACAAUAUUUUGUGAAAUUCUUCAUUAUUGGAGUCACAGUCCUGGUGGUAGCAGUGCCAGAAGGUCUUCCGCUUGCAGUAACCAUCUCACUUGCUUAUUCUGUAAAGAAAAUGAUGAAAGAUAAUAACCUAGUAAGGCAUCUGGAUGCUUGUGAAACAAUGGGAAAUGCAACAGCCAUUUGCUCAGAUAAAACAGGGACACUGACCAUGAAUAGAAUGACAGUUGUCCAAGCUUACAUAAAUGAAAAGCAUUACAGAAAAGUUCCUGAUCCUGAUGCUAUUCCAGCAAGCAUUUUGUCCUGUCUUGUAACUGGAAUUUCUGUGAAUUGUGCUUAUACAUCAAAAAUAUUGCCACCAGAGAGAGAAGGUGGAUUACCACGUCAUGUUGGCAAUAAAACUGAAUGUGCCCUGCUGGGACUUGUUUUGGAUUUAAAACGAGAUUAUCAGGAUGUAAGGAAUGAAAUCCCUGAAGAAGCUCUGUACAAAGUCUACACAUUCAACUCGGUUAGGAAAUCCAUGAGCACUGUCUUGAAAAAUUCAGAUGGAAGCUACAGAAUAUUCAGCAAGGGCGCGUCAGAGAUCAUUCUUAAAAAAUGCUUCAAAAUCUUGAGUGCUAAUGGUGAAGCAAAGGUAUUCAGACCAAGAGACCGGGAUGAUAUUGUUAAAACUGUGAUUGAACCCAUGGCAUCUGAAGGACUAAGAACUAUAUGUCUUGCAUUCAGAGAUUUCCCAGCAGGAGAACCUGAACCAGAGUGGGAUAACGAGAACGAUAUUGUCACAGGCCUAACAUGCAUUGCUGUUGUAGGGAUAGAAGAUCCUGUGAGACCCGAGGUACCAGAGGCAAUAAGAAAAUGCCAGCGGGCUGGAAUUACUGUGCGGAUGGUCACUGGUGAUAAUAUUAAUACUGCUCGUGCUAUUGCUUCUAAAUGUGGUAUUUUGCAUCCUGGGGAAGAUUUCCUGUGCCUAGAAGGUAAAGAUUUCAACAGAAGAAUAAGGAAUGAAAAAGGAGAGAUUGAACAAGAACGCAUAGACAAGAUUUGGCCAAAGCUUCGAGUACUUGCCAGAUCAUCUCCCACUGACAAGCACACACUGGUUAAAGGUAUAAUUGAUAGCACUGUCUCAGAACAGCGACAAGUUGUAGCUGUGACUGGUGAUGGUACUAAUGAUGGCCCUGCACUAAAGAAAGCAGAUGUUGGAUUUGCUAUGGGAAUUGCCGGAACUGAUGUAGCGAAAGAAGCAUCUGACAUCAUUCUCACCGAUGACAAUUUCACGAGCAUCGUCAAAGCGGUCAUGUGGGGACGGAAUGUCUACGACAGCAUCUCCAAGUUCCUUCAGUUCCAGCUCACGGUCAAUGUUGUGGCGGUGAUUGUUGCCUUCACAGGUGCCUGUAUCACUCAGGACUCUCCACUUAAGGCCGUGCAGAUGCUGUGGGUAAAUCUCAUCAUGGAUACGCUGGCAUCCCUCGCUCUGGCAACCGAACCACCUACUGAAUCUCUCCUGCUCCGGAAACCUUAUGGCAGAAAUAAGCCUCUCAUCUCUCGCACAAUGAUGAAGAAUAUCUUGGGUCACGCAUUCUAUCAGCUUGUGGUAGUCUUUACCCUCUUGUUUGCUGGGGAAAAAUUUUUCGAUAUUGACAGUGGAAGAAAUGCCCCUUUGCAUGCUCCACCUUCAGAACAUUAUACUAUCGUGUUUAAUACCUUCGUGCUCAUGCAACUUUUCAAUGAGAUAAAUGCCCGAAAAAUUCAUGGUGAAAGAAAUGUGUUUGAAGGCAUCUUCAAUAAUGCCAUCUUCUGUACAAUUGUUCUGGGCACUUUUGUGGUACAGAUAAUCAUUGUGCAGUUUGGUGGAAAACCUUUCAGUUGUUCAGAACUUUCAAUAGAACAGUGGCUGUGGUCAGUAUUCCUAGGAAUGGGAACAUUACUCUGGGGCCAGCUCAUUUCAACAAUUCCAACUAGCCGUUUAAAAUUCCUUAAAGAAGCUGGUCAUGGGACACAGAAAGAAGAAAUACCUGAGGAAGAACUAGCUGAAGAUGUCGAAGAGAUUGAUCACGCUGAGCGAGAGUUACGACGAGGACAGAUCUUGUGGUUUAGGGGUCUGAACCGAAUACAAACUCAGAUUCGAGUGGUGAAUGCAUUUCGUAGUUCUUUAUAUGAAGGGCUAGAAAAACCAGAGUCACGAAGUUCCAUUCACAACUUUAUGACGCAUCCUGAGUUUAGGAUAGAGGACUCUGAGCCUCACAUUCCCCUUAUUGAUGACACUGACGCUGAAGACGAUGCCCCCACGAAGCGUAACUCGAGUCCUCCCCCCUCCCCCAACAAAAAUAAUAAUGCCGUGGACAGCGGAAUUCAUCUUACAAUAGAAGCGAACAAGUCUGCUACCUCUUCAUCCCCAGGAAGCCCACUACAUAGCUUGGAAACAUCACUCUGAUCGUAAGCUGAAUGUCAACACACUAGCUGCAUUGUAAAGAAACCAAUUGAAACUGGGUCUUUUCACACAUUGUGAUGGACAAGAUAGUAUUCUUGUCUUGGACUUCAACAGAAGACAUACUUGUACGAAUGUAGAUUUAUUUUUUUAAAACAAAAAAGCUUUCCGCCAGACUUUGAGGGUGCUUUUUGGGGGGUGGGGAGUAAUGAACUCUGACUGAUAAACAGUAACUCGGCAUAAGUGGCCUGUGGAUCAUCGAUCAUCCUGCAGAAUGGUCCUGAACAGUGGGUUUAGCGAAGCUUUAGUUUCUCUUGAUCCUUGAAGGGGGUGAGGGAGGAGGAAAGCUGAGAAAGACGAUGGAGCCCUGGAUCAUUGAAUUGAUACUUUAAUUUCUGCUGUCGGCUGUUAAUAAUUUGGAUUAUUUAUGUUUAUAAAUGAUACAGAUCUGUUUACAAGGUUUGUAGAUACUUUUAUUGUUCCUGUUCAUAGAUGGGAAGCUUCCUUAUAACUGAUGCAGAGAAAAAUUAGUCCUUCAAAUACUGCUGUAUUUUCAGGAAAAAGGGUGUUUCUAUUGAAACUGUACUAAAUUUUUGCCUACAAUUUACCUUGUUAAAUAUUGUAGAUAAAUUGCUAAUACUGAUAGCCAAAUAGAUAACACUAAUGCUUUGUGAAAACAUGAGCAGCGGUGUCCUAAUGAAGUUAUGGCCUCUGUCCUAAUUAGUUUCUUAAAUACAUUUACUACUUAAUGGUUUUGAAAACAACUGUUUAAUUUUUAAAAAUUUUGAAAAACUUGCUAAAUAACUUUUUGUUCAGAAUUUAGUAGAUUGUUUAAUGCGGGACAUCAAUUACGUAAUGAAAGUUGCUUGAAAUGCUUUUGUUAUUUCAGGCAAAUUGAAUUAAAUCAAACUACAACAAAACCUUAGUCUUUUUUGUUUUUGUCUAAACCUGUUAGUUUAGUGAUGUCUUGGUGAACUGUGAGUGAACUGUGUUGAUUUUUCUAAUAAAUCUUAAGAAACCUUCAUACGGCAUGAGGGCUGUUGGCAUUUUGAAAAAAAAAAAGGUUAGUAGUAGCAUACAUGUUUUCCUUUUGUUUUUGAAACCUGUUUGUAAACAUAAAUAAACACGCCCUUUUAUUAAAUAAA